AUGCUCUCUUUUCUCUUAUGCGACCACUCCUUUGGGAGAAAGGGAAAACAGCCAUGGAAAGAAAUCGAGGAUGAGGCUACGCGUCUCCAUGACCUUCCGUCAUGGAACGCCCCCGAUAACUCGCUUAUGUUCCAGGCAUUUGAAUGGCAUGUUCCUGAUGAUCAGGCUCACUGGCGUCGCCUCCUCCAAAAAUUACCCACGCUGAAGUGUAUGGGUGUUGACAAUAUAUGGAUUCCUCCAGGGUGUAAAGCUAUGAGUCCUUCUGGCAACGGAUACGACAUCUACGACCUCUACGACCUAGGCGAGUUUGACCAGAAGGGGGCUCGUCCGACGAAAUGGGGAACAAAAGAGGAAUUGCGAAAUUUUAUUUCCGGGGCGCAAGAUCAGGGAAUAGGGAUCUAUUGGGAUGCUGUGCUCAAUCAUAAGGCUGGGGCUGAUUUCACAGAACGCUUCCCAGCAGUGAAGGUAGAUCCGCAGAAUCGGAAUCAAGAAAUCUCAAUACAAGAGGAUAUUGACGGCUGGGUAGGAUUCAAUUUUCCCGGUCGUGGUGACCAGUAUAGCGCAGUGAAAUAUCACUGGCCUCAUUUCAAUGGCGUCGACUGGAAUGAUAUUCGGCAAGAAAAGGCUGUCUUUAAAACAAAAUGUCUCAAUAAGGACUGGGCGACCGAUGUCAGUAACGAGAAUGGGAACUAUGAUUACCUCAUGUUCGCGAAUCUUGACUAUUCAAAUCCAGAGGUGCGGGAUGAUGUUCUCCAUUGGGGAAGUUGGAUUACCACCGAACUGUCUCUCAGUGGUAUGAGAUUGGACGCAGUGAAGCACUAUUCAGCUGAAUUCCAGAAGACUUUCAUUGACGAGCUUCGGAGACAGUUGGGUGAGAAGUUCUUUUUCGUUGGAGAAUACUGGUCAAGCAAAACAAACAUCCUACUUGAUUAUCUGGAACGGAUGGACCACCAACUGUCACUGUUUGACGUCCCUCUAGUCGACCGAUUCUCUGCCAUUUCGCACACCAAAGGAGCAGAUAUGCGGCGGAUAUUUGACGGAACCCUCGUUCAGAAAAGUCCUGACCAUGCAGUUGUAAGAUUACCUGUCAGCCAACUUGAAACACAUCUGACUCAACCAGGGCAAUCGCUGGAGACUCCCAUCGCAGCCUUCUUUAUACCACUUGCGUACGCCUUAAUCCUUCUUCGUGAAAAAGGUCAACCGUGCCUUUUCUAUGGGGACGUCUACGGCACUUCAAGAGACAACAAAUAUCCCGAUAGAGCCCUAUAUGCGAACCAGAUCUCAACUCUCACACAGGCUCGCAAGCUGUAUGCGAAUGGCGCCCAGAGAGAUUACUUUGAUAAAGCAAACUGCAUCGGGUUUAUCCGCUACGGAAACAAGCGCCAUCCUUCCGGCCUUGCCUGUAUCUUGAGCAAUGCCGGGCCAUCUCGGAAGUGCAUGUUCGUUGGCCGCACACAUGCUGGGGAACGAUGGACAGAUAUCUUGAAUAGCCGGGAAGAAACAGUCAAGAUUAACAGGAAAGGCUAUGGGACGUUUUAUGUCGGUGCCUAUAGCGUUAGUGUCUGGGUAAACUCUUCUGUGGAGUGCAGGGAGAAUCUCCAUCAGAUCCUAUGA